CGCUCCCACUGUAGGAAGGUGAACCGAAGCUCCAGUAGUUGCUGCUGCUUCUGCGUAUGUUACAGAGCACCUGCAGAAAAACACUCUGUACUCUACUGUUGUUUCUCUGAGUGUCGGCUUGACAGUGCAGACAAAUGUCGAACCCGCGUAUCAGCAGGAUGACUUCCGUAGUCCUCGAAAAAUUGAAGAUGUCGGGGUCUGGUCGAGCCAUUGCAGUAUUGACAAGUGGCGGAGAUGCCCAAGGCAUGAAUGCUGCAGUCCGUGCUGUGACCAGAAUGGGUAUAUAUGUUGGGGCCAAGGUCUAUCUCGUGCAUGAGGGCUACCAAGGCCUGGUAGAUGGAGGAGAUAACAUCAAACUGGCUAACUGGCACAGUGUAACCAACAUCAUCCAACUGGGCGGUACGGUGAUCGGGAGCGCGCGCUGCAAGGCCUUCACCACCCGUGAGGGCCGGCUGUCGGCAGCCUUCAACCUGGUGAAGCGCGGCAUCACCAACCUGUGCGUGUGCGGCGGUGAUGGCAGCCUCACCGGGGCCAACAUCUUCCGCAACGAGUGGACCGGUCUGCUGGCGGAGCUGGUGCAGAAAGACAGGAUCUCGGACGCCACAGCUAAGCAGUAUGACCACCUGAACAUCGUGGGCUUAGUGGGCUCCAUCGAUAACGACUUCUGUGGGACGGACAUGACCAUCGGCGUUGACUCCGCCCUGCAUCGCAUCAUGGAGAUCGUGGAUGCUAUCACCACCACGGCACAGAGCCACCAGCGAGCAUUCGUGCUGGAGGUCAUGGGAAGACAUUGUGGGUACUUGGCUCUGGUGUCUGCAUUGGCCUCAGGUGCCGACUGGCUCUUCAUCCCUGAAUCUCCACCUGAGGAGAACUGGGAGGACCUCAUGUGCGCUCGGCUGGAGCAGAGCCGCAGUAAAGGCUCCAGGCUCAACAUCAUCAUCAUGGCUGAAGGGGCCAUCUCAGCGUCCGGAGAGCCUAUCUCAUCCAACUAUGUCAAAGACUUGAUUGUGAAGAGGCUGGCUUAUGACACCAGAGUGACCGUGCUGGGGCACGUCCAGAGGGGAGGCACACCGUCCGCCUUCGACAGAGUUUUAAGCAGUAGGCUGGGGGUGGAGGCAGUGAUAGCGCUGAUGGAGGCUACGCCCGACACCCCAGCCUGUGUCAUCGGCCUGUCGGGUAACCAGGCAACCAGGCUCCCCCUGAUGGAGUGUGUGGAGAUGACUAAAGAAGUCCAGAAGGCCAUGAAUGAGAAGCGGUUUGAUGAAACCAUUCAGCUGAGAGGCAGGAGCUUCGAGCACAACUGGAAUAUUUACAAGCUACUUGCUCACCAGAAACCAGCCCAAGACAAGGGGACUACUGGAAGUAAAAGUAGCUACUCGAUGGCGAUCCUGAACGUGGGCGCUCCGGCCGCGGGCAUGAACGCCGCAGUGCGCUCGGCCGUCAGAGUGGCUUUGGCCCAGGGACACCGCGUCUACACCGUCAGCGACGGCUUCUACGGACUCGCCAAUGGACAGGUGUCUGAAAUAGAGUGGCAUGACGUGGCAGGCUGGAUAGGCCAAGGGGGCUCAAUACUGGGCACGAAAAGGACUCUGCCAAGCACUUGCAUGGAGCAGCUGGUGGAGAACAUCAAUAAGUUCAACAUCCAGUCAUUGCUCGUUGUUGGAGGUUUUGAGGCAUAUGAGGGGAUCUUGGAGCUGGUUGAGGGGCGCGGUCGCUAUGACGAACUCUGCAUCCCCAUGUGUAUCAUCCCAGCCACCAUCAGCAACAACGUCCCGGGAACUGACUUCAGUCUCGGCUCAGACACCGCCGUCAAUGCUGCCAUGUCUAGUUGCGACAAGAUCAAGCAGUCCGCGUCUGGCACCAAGAGACGGGUGUUUGUCGUGGAAACCAUGGGGGGUUACUGUGGUUACUUGGCAACCACCACUGGCAUCGCCGUGGGUGCUGAUGCUGCCUAUAUCUUUGAAGAUCCCUUCAACAUCCACGAUCUGAAGACGAACGUCGAGCAUCUGACGGAGAAGAUGAAGAAGGACAUCCAGAGAGGUCUGGUGCUGAGGAAUGAGAAGUGCCAUGAGCACUACACCACCGACUUCAUCCACAAGCUCUACUCCUCUGAGGGCAGUGGCAUCUUCGACUGCAGAGUCAACGUCCUGGGGCAUCUCCAGCAGGGAGGGGCGCCGUCCCCCUUUGACAGGAACUUCGGCACCAAGCUGGGAGUGAGGGCCGUGCAGUGGCUCUCUGAGAAGUUGGUUGAAAGCUUCAGACAAGGGAGGGUGUUUGCCAACGCCCCAGAAACAGCGUGUGUUAUCGGACUGAACAGGAAGGUGUUGUCCUUCAUUCCUGUGGUCGAGCUCAAGGAGCAGACUGAUUUUAAACAUAGGAUGCCCAAGGUGGAGUGGUGGCUGAAUCUGCGCCUCAUGCUGAAGAUGCUGGCCAAGUACCAGACCAGCUUUGACGAGUACGUCACCGGGGAGAUCGAACAUGUCACCCGCAGAUCUCUGAGCAUAGAAACCGGCUUCUGAGGAAACGGAAAACAAAUAAACAAACAAACAACAACAAACAAGACCAGCAUCAACUAGCCAACACGCCACGUCACACAUCCUACUCUCCAUCCAAACACUCUCACCUCACUAGUACAUCCCUCACUCGGUCUCACCUGUUAAUGUGCCUGAACCACACACACUCAAUCACUCAGGGCCCAAUCAGAUUUCAGGACCAAAUCCUAACUCCUAUCAGGGCUGUUAACGCACCAGAGGGCUGUUAUUAAUGAGCUUUAGUCCCUUUAGUGCAGCGAUAACUCAAAGCCUUAUCAAAGAUAAAUCAGUUGACUUUUUAUUCUAGUCAUCUGCUUGGAUUUAGAUUGUGUGACAAUGUGAUUAGAGGAAUCUUGAAUGUGAAUUUGUGCUCCAAACAUUUAGCUUAACAUGCUGAAUAGGAUUAAACUAAUGCAAUUGAGGACCUAAGCAAAGCAGUGUUAAAAUAUAAACAGGAGGGGGGGGUGACUUAGGUGGGGUGAUAUGGUAUAAGGCAUCCAUGCUGUUAUCAUGAGCGGUUAUUAUCAAGGCAGCUUACCACUAUGCUGAUGCUGUUGUGUGUGUCUGAACUCUAUGUGCCAGUACUUUAGUACCGUCAGGUCAUUACGUCCAAAUUACACUCCGCGUGCCGUUGACCUCUCACUAAUAUGACACGACAUGGACUUGAAAUGCACUCCAACUGAAAACCUACUCAUUCCAUGCACCUUAUUACAGGAAUAAAAGCCUGAUCACCUGUCUCUCACCAGAGCUGCACUAUAGAGCAUAACUCCCUAUAAACUACUGGAACCAAAGGCUCACUUGAGUAGUGGAGUCCUACACAAUGCUGCGCAGAUGCAUCUGCUUGUAAAAUACCGUUUGAUGUAGACAGGCAUGUGCUUUAACAUCCACCAGUAAUCAACUCAACUGUGGUCCAAAGUACUUAUAAUAUGGUGCUUUAUAAAUGCUCUGCACAGACAUUUCUCACAUGUGCGUCCAAACGUCUGAUGCAGCUGUGCUUAUGUGUAGUCAGUCAUCCAAAUUUGUCCAUGCACUAACCCGUAGGCUUUUAUGCAAAAUGCAAUAUUUGUGGCUGAUAGUGUCCCCCACUGAGGUGUUAUUGUAUGAUAUAUUGCACAUCUAGUGUGCUGUGCCGUGAUUGUCACCCGUUUUAUGAACCAUUUGUGGAAAGCUAAAAAUACAAUAUUUAUUGUAUUUGAUGUAUAUUAAACGCCUUGCACAUAUAUUUGUUAACCAACCCCUGCUUCUAUAUGUGCAAUAGUUUUCAGAGAAAAGGUAUCGUCUGUGACCGCUGUGGCAAAUGAACUGUUAGUGAUGCUGUCGUAGCACUCCAAUAGGAAGAUAUACUGUAUCCUCAGUAGAACUUAAAUGUCAGGACUGAAUGUGAUUUAUGAUGAAUCCAUAACAUGGGUAAUAAGACAUUCUGCCAUUGAUUCCAGUCCUUUUUUAUUUUAUUUUUAUUUGUUUUAUCUUUCAAGUAAAAUGCCAUACUAAGUGUAUGGAUGUAUUUGUGUAAACACUACCAUCUGAAUGUAAGACAACAAUAAAGUCAACAAUGAAUAUCACUGAA